AUGUCAAUUUCUUUGGACCCCAAUGAGUACAGCGUGGGAGUAGGCAACAGUGUUGUACCAACCCUGGAGGAUCAUCAACAGAGGUCUUUCGGAUCUCAGACAUCCUUGUCCGCGGGAGAUAAGCUUGGAAAUGUCCCAGCACGAUGGUCCCUGAGCGCCGCGGAUGACGGAUCUGCAGAUAUUCUUUCCGUAUUCCCAGCGCCACGUCAAACAGCACCUUCAUACGCAACCCUCCCACACAUGGUCUUCCGAGAUUCUGGGCUACCAUGGGCUUACAGAGCCGCUAACGGUGAUCCAGACCCUGGAAACACAGCGGUACCCUGGUUUGCUUUGUUCAUUUUUACUCGCGACGAGCUUGACCUUGAGCCGAACGAACAGGCCUCAUUCUUCGGGCAUGUGGAGGCCAAGAUAAACGACACAUUUGGCUGGGACAUUUCCGUUGGUGAUCUUGGAUCUAUCAAGGGCCCCGCACUAGCCAACCUUAUCCCCGGCACAGAUAGCGAUGAGGAUGCUGGAAACAAGACUAGCGUCAUUGCUAUUCGCAGCCAUCUGUUCAAGGGUCUCUUUACGACCAAGUCAGACUCGGAAGGAGAAGCACUCUUCGAUAUAUCGCCUUUUCGGUUCAUGCCGCAUGUGCGCAGCGGGCGUAGGGACGAGGAUAAUGACCCUGCUCAUUCGAGUGUAGUCAUAUCUCACCGGCUAGGACCCGAUGAUAUCGAGAACUCUACUCCCGUGUUCGCGCACCUGGUCUCGUUACAGGGUAUUAACGGGCGCCCUGUCACGUCGUUGGACGGAAAGUCCCGUGUUAUCUUGACCAGUCUGUAUAGUUGGUCUUACAAUGCUAUACCGCCAAACACGGUUGAUCUUGGCACUUCUUUAGAGAACCUAAGUUUGUCUAUGCUCGGAUCCGGGCACCGGAAUUUUAACAAGGGUGACAGUACCGCUGUUUCUGAAAGGCUCAAUGAAGGUUACGCUCUCGUUCGUCACCGAACCCAAACGGGCGAGCAAACAGCCGCUAUGUACCGCGGUCCACUGGUGCCAAGACGGGUGCCGUAUCCUUUGAACAAGGAUGCUGCCAAGUUCGACGGAGAUUUACGGAUCUACGAUCCGGAUCUGGGUCUUGUUGAUAUCUCGUAUGUUUCGGCUUGGCAGCUGGGUAAAGCCUUGGCGUUGGGAGACCGCAACUUCACCAUUGCGCUUACUAGGCUGCGUGGAAGUCUUCAAACUCAAGGGCCAGAGAAGUUAACUUCUAGGCACGAGGUUAUUGCUGGACUUUCUGGUCUGAUUGAUGGUCUUGAUGCUUCCACUCGCUCCCGUCCCAUGAUGCCAGAGAAUACGGACUCUGCCUCCAUUCAAGAAUGGGUUUUCAAUCGUCUACUUCUCAACAGCGUACCUGUACACUACCUGAUUUCCGAUCCUUCACAUCUACCAUCCGAAUCUCUGCGAAUCUUUCACAUCGACAAAAACUGGACUGAUGCCCUUGUCGACGGUGCGUUAAGCUUGGCAAAUCAUCUCUCUAGCCAAUCAGACAAAGAGGUCUUGCGCACGGCGAUUAUCCAAGCCAUGGACAAACGGCAAGUUCCGUCAUAUGGAUUCCUACUACGAAGCGAGAUACUAGUGCAGUUUCCCCGGCUGGCAAUGGGCAUGGAAUACUACCAGGUUCAGGGCUCAGACCCACCCAAAGUAAAGGUCCUUGGUCAACAGAAGUUAGCAGACGACACUUUGCUUCUUCUGUUAGAUAGCCAGCCACGUGGUUCGGUCAGCCUCAUAUUUACACCAGUGGAUGAGCCAACCUUUGCCGCUGCAGCGGGAUUCCUUCCCAUCAACAGGAACCGCACGAUACCCGAGGUUGAGAUUGUACACAAGACCAACAACAAGCUAGUACGAUAUGCGAGAGAUGAAUUGUUUGACUGGGCAACACGAACUCUUAAGAUCGAGAAUUACGCGGGGAUUUUCCACAGCGAGAGCGAGGACAGACUAACUGCUGCCAGGUUGGCUUUUCAGUUGCAGGAUUCAGAUUAUGCUAUUGUUGUUGAUACCGAGGAUGUAGAGAAAGAAGCCUUCCCGGAAAAGAAUUCUUCCGUAACGGCGUUCAGUUUCAACAAGGACGAUAUUUUGUCGCUGGCAGAGGAGCCGUCCUUUCGGCGAAGUUCAUAA